GUGUUGUAAAUACAAACAUAUCUCAUCAUCACACAACAAGCUAAGUGUGAAGAGAAGGAAGAACAAUUCCAACUCCAUAACCUCUCAAACUCUCUUACAUCUCCACGUUUCUCCCUCUGCACAGAAGAUCAAAAUGAUGGCUGCUCCUCUGUCUUCUUGGCCAUGGGCCAACUUGGGACUCUACAAGUAUCUGUUAUGUGCGCCACUGGUAGCCAAGGCCAUCAGUGACUGGAACAGCCAUGAAGGAGGAGUAGGAUGGUCUGUUCACCUUCUUAUCCUCUUCAUCCUGAGAGGCAUCAUCUUCCAGCUCUCGCACACCUUCUCCAACAUGCUUUACCACACGAGAAGACGGAGGGUCAUCCCCCAUGGCCUGGAUUUCCACCAGAUUGACCAAGAGUGGGACUGGGAUAAUUUUCUGAUAUUGCAAGCUCUGGUUGCAUCCUUGGUGGUGUGGCAAGUAGAACCAGCGUUGGACGGGGUGCCUGUGGUGCAGAGCAAGGGAUGGCUGAUGUCUCUGUCGCUGCAUGUGGUGGUCUCUGAGCCUCUGUUCUACUUGCUUCACAGGAGCUAUCACAGAGAAUACAUCUUCUCUCACUACCAUUCAAUUCACCAUUCAUCAUUGGUACCCCAGCCUAUGACGGCCGCGUUUGGGACGCCACUGGAGAACCUGGCGAUGACGGCUGUGAUGGCGCUGCCGCUGCUUGGAUCCUUCGCCGUCGGCUAUGGCUCUGUGGGUCUCGUGUACGCCUACGUGCUCGCCUUCGAUUUAUUGAGGUGUUUGGGUUACAGCAACGUGGAGGUGUUCCCCGCACGCAUCUUCCACUCACUGCCCUUCUUACGUUACCUCAUCUACACUCCCACGUAUUUAAGCAUUCACCACAAGGAAAAGGAUUGCAACUUUUGCCUUUUCAUGCCCCUCUUUGAUUUGCUGGGGAAGACGAUGAAUAAGAAGUCAUGGGACUUGCAGGAGGAGAUAAGCUCAGGGAAGAAUGAUCGGGUUCCAGACUUUGUCUUCUUGGCGCACGUUGUGGAUGUGAUCUCGUCCAUGCACGUACCCUUCGUGUUUCGCUCGCUCUCUUCGAAGCCAUUUGUGGCUAAUCCCUUGUUGUUGAUAUGUUGGCCGUUAGCCUUCGUGUUCAUGCUCUUGAUGUGGGUGUUCUCCAAGAGUUUCACCCUCUCUUUCUACUACUUGAGAGGCCGCUUGCAUCAGACCUGGGUCGUCCCGAGAUAUGGCUUUCAGUAUUUUUUGCCCUUUGCGAGAGAAGGCAUCAAUGAGCAGAUUGAGAUGGCGAUACUGAGGGCUGAUAAGUUGGGAGUUAAAGUCCUUAGCCUUGCAGCAUUGAAUAAGAACGAAUCGCUCAAUGGCGGUGGGACGCUAUUCGUGAGCAAACACCCAGAUUUAAAAGUUCGAGUCGUCCAUGGCAACACCUUGACGGCGGCCGUCAUCCUGAAUGAGAUCCCGAGGGAUACUGUAAAGGAGGUCUUCUUGACUGGAGCUACGUCCAAGCUUGGGAGGGCAAUCGCGCUCUACCUUUGCAGAAAAAAUAUACGAGUGCUAAUGUUGACUUUGUCGACCGAAAGAUUUCUAAAGAUCCAGAAGGAGGCCCCGGCAGAGUACCAACAGUAUCUCGUUCAAGUGACCAAGUAUCAAGCAGCAAAAAAUUGCAAGGUGCUAAAAAAUUGCAAUUAUAUAUAUAUAUACAUAUCAAGAAAAUCCAACUUUAAACGAGUGAAAUUGUUGCAGACUUGGCUAGUUGGGAAGUGGCUCUCACCCAGGGAACAGAGAUGGGCGCCGACAGGCACACACUUCCACCAAUUCGUGGUGCCUCCCGUCAUCCGCUUCCGAAGGGACUGUACCUAUGGAAACUUGGCCGCCAUGAAACUCCCCAAGGACGUUCAAGGACUAGGAUCAUGUGAGUACACGAUGGAGCGAGGUGUGGUGCAUGCUUGCCAUGCCGGAGGAGUUGUUCACUGCUUGGAAGGUUGGACGCAUCAUGAGGUUGGCGCUAUUGAUGUGGAACGGAUUGACGUGGUGUGGAGAGCUGCAUUGAAGCAUGGGCUGACACCCGCUUGAAGAUUUCCAUUGUAAUUUAUGUUCACAACUUAAGUAGCAUUCUAGAUAUAAAAUCAUCACAAGUCACACGUAAUUAAUGCUUUUAUCUGAAAAAUUCGAAACUAGAUAGCUCUCGCCAUCAAAAGUGUACACACUGUAGUUGUUCAUCCUUAGUGGCUCGUUCGUAUGUUAGGGAUCAAGAGAUUGUAAUAAAUCAUUAGUGAAAGAAAGAGUAUGUGAACAGACGACUAUAUAUUCAUGAAAUUAAA